UCUUAUCCAAUUGGUAGUACUAAAUAGAAACAGCAAGAGUGAACCAGUGGAAGAGAAACCAAAACAAAAUGGCAGUCCUUUGUGCUUCAACCUCAGCCAUCGUCUCUUCUUCCUCUUCUUUUUCAGAAAGACAUUCAUUUGGUUCUUUAAGAAAGACUAUUCCCAGUAACCAAAGCCCAUUUCUUGGGUUCUUCCCGGUUGUGGCAUUGUCGAAACCUUCUUCCGUUCGGACAACGACUCUGUCUUUCUCUAAACGGGAUUUCCGGGUUUGUUGUCAGGACCUCUCUCUUGUCGCUGAAAACGAGCGUUGGAUGUUCGAUGAAUCCGAGGCUGGUGGCCCUGACAUUUGGAACAACACAUGGUAUCCCAAAGCUAAAGAUCACGUGAAUACCAAAAAACCAUGGUAUAUUGUUGAUGCAACAGACAAAAUUCUGGGAAGACUGGCAUCGACAAUUGCUGUGCAUAUUCGUGGAAAGAAUUUGCCCACUUAUACUCCUAGUGUGGAUAUGGGAGCUUUUGUGAUAGUGGUAAAUGCUGAAAAAGUUGCUGUAUCCGGAAAGAAAAGGACCCAAAAGCUCUACAGGAGGCAUUCAGGAAGACCAGGUGGCAUGAAAGUGGAAACAUUCAACCAGCUGCAGCAGAGAAUUCCUGAAAGAAUUGUUGAGCAUGCUGUUCGUGGUAUGCUUCCUAAAGGAAGGCUUGGUAGAGCAUUAUUUAACCACCUAAAGGUUUACAAGGGCCCAGACCAUCCGCAUGAGGCCCAGAAGCCUAUUGAGCUGCCUAUACGGGACAAGAGGAUACAGAAGUAGAAAUAAACAAACCUAAAACAGGGUCCGGCUUGAGAGAUAGCACGCAACGACGCCUUCCACCCUGCUUGCCAUUUUCUCGUGUAUUUGGUCCUCAGGGGUAUGGCUUUUGUUCUUUGGCUCUAAAUGUGCGACUGCGUGCUGCCCUUGUUUGUAAUUUGAUUGUAAAUGUAUUUGAAAUGACUCUUACAUCUCUUGAGCUAAAGUUGCAUGCCUAACUCUGAUGGAAAUUUAUGCUGUGGGUUUCAGUUGCUUUGAUAUGUAAUUUAAAUUGAAUCUGGUGUUUGAACCAAGUUUGAUUUGUUAAUCAAAAAAAUUCUUUAAUA